AUGACAUUGCAUCCUACAGCCUCGGGCAUGUGGCUUGGAUGGGUGCGCUGUGUCCGUCUAGUCGCGAGGCACAAUGUAAAGCCUCCACGAAGGCUGUUGUCCACGCAAGCCGACCAGCUCUCCCAGGUAACCAGGAAUAUUGGCAUCAUCGCCCAUAUCGAUGCAGGCAAGACGACUACCACAGAGCGUAUGCUCUACUACAGUGGACUCACAAGACGCAUCGGCAAUGUCGACGAGGGCUCAACCGUUACCGACUUCCUCCCAGCUGAGCGAGCAAGAGGCAUCACCAUUCAAUCUGCAGCCAUCACUUUCCACUGGCCUCCACUACCCCCAGGCACAACGGCAUCGCAACUCCCACAACUAGCUGCCUCUAUUGGUGACUCACCUAGAUCUUCCACACCCCAUAACAUCAAUCUCAUCGACACGCCUGGCCACGCAGACUUUACUUUUGAAGUACUGCGCUCACUACGUGUCUUGGACGGCGCUGUAUGUAUCCUUGAUGGCGUCGCUGGUGUAGAGGCCCAGACUGAAAAGGUCUGGACGCAAGCGGGACAUUAUCACAUCCCAAGAAUCAUCUUUGUCAACAAACUGGACCGUGUAGGUGCGGCUUUCUCGCGCACUGUCAAGGAAAUCGGCGUUAGACUACAUGGCUGGCCAGCGGUAUGCCAGAUCCCUUGGUGGCAAGGGGGAAAUGGCGAAUUUGUCGGGGUCGGCGAUGUUGUUAAUCUGCGUGGCAUGCUUUGGCAGACCGGUGGUGAUGGUAGAGAUCUCCAAGCCUUCAGUAUCCAGGACUUGGAAAAGAGACACACUGCCUUUGCAGAAGAGAUUAAGAAGGCAAGAGUCGCACUUGUAGAGAUACUUAGCGAGUACGACGACCUCAUGGUGGAGCAUUUCCUUGAACACGACGAAGAUCAUCUCGCCAUUCCAGGGCACCAAAUCACACAGUCAUUACGCCGAGUCGUAAUGCAAGCACCUCAGACGGUCAUACCGGUCUUUGCAGGAGCCAGCUUCCGUAAUAUUGGCGUGCAGCCUCUGCUCGACGCCGUAGUCGACCUCCUCCCGUCACCUCUGGAACGACCCGAUCCUGAGAUCAGUCUUGCUGGCCAGAGCAGCACGCUCUCUGCGCUUCUUGAUGCCGCAGCGGCUGCCAAGCCAAGUAAGCCAGCCAAAAAAUCACAAUCGGCUUCGAAUCACAGUCUCGCCAUAGCGGAAGCCAAAAAUCUCACAGCGUGCGCCCUUGCUUUCAAGGUUGUCAACGAUGCUAAGCGGGGGGUACUGGUUUACGUACGCGUCUACUCUGGCUCUAUAGAUAAAGGCGUUACCCUCUAUAACACAAACCUUAAUGUGGCAGAGCGCGCCCCACGUUUGCUAAAGAUGUACGCUAGCGAUGCUGUGGAGGUGGAUAAUAUCGGUACUGGCCAAAUCGGCGUCAUUCCAGGGCUCAAGCAUGCAAGAACUGGAGAUACAAUUAUCGUCUACAGAGGGUUACAGAGUAAAGGAGCACCACCGGGUGGUCUGAAUAGUCUCCAGCUACGACCGAUCAAUGUGCCACCGCCAGUGUUCUUCACAAGCAUUGAGCCACACAGUUUGAGUGAGCAGAAGCAUGUCCAAGAAAGCUUGAGUCUACUGCUCCGAGAAGACCCAAGUCUUCAUCUCUCCAUUGACGAAGAGUCUGGACAGACACACCUAGCCGGCAUGGGCGAUUUGCAUCUUGAAAUUGCUAGAGACCGUCUACUCAAUGAUUACAAAGCCAAAGCCCGAAUUGGCAAGAUUGAAAUCGGAUACCGAGAAACGAUCACGACGCCAACAGCACCACUCUUACAUAUGCUUGACAAGUCCAUCGCCGGCAAACAAGCAAAGGCCGGGACUGUUGUUUCUGUCGACUCGACAGAAGAGGGCAUAAUUUCGUUAGGUGCACAAGACCCCGUGGAAAUCGACGACGGUACAUUCGAGACAACAUACAAGCUCUCGGACAACAACACGCUUCGCAUUUCCCAUCCCAACCUCUCCCGCCACGAUUCGGCAUCGCACAAGAACCACAUUCCACCUCACCUCAGUCUCCCCAGCAUACUCCACUGUAUACAGGCCGGCACAUCUGCAGCACUCGCCCGCGGCCCCUUCAACGGCUUCCCUGUAGCAAACACAUCUAUCAACAUUGUCCUGGACGCGCAGGCCCAUCUCCUCCCUGAAACAACGCCUACAGCCAUGUCCAUGGCCGUCCGAGCCGCAGUCGGAGCCAGUCUGCGCACCUCAUGCGAUACCGCGCCCGCGGCACUCUUGGAGCCCGUCAUGAUGGUAACAAUUUUCGUCAACGAGAAUUCCCUCGGCGCAGUCGUGCAAGACAUUUCCUCCUCCCGCGGCGGCCAAGUCCUAUCUCUCGAUGGCUCAGACGCACCGAGCUCGUCCACGUCAGGUAAUGAUGACCUCCUGCGCAUCGAUCCUAAACUCAUAUACACGCCUCCCGAUCCAUUUGCGUCUGGCACAGGCGAUGUGGGAAGCAGUCUCUCAGAUAGCCAGAGACAAAUCGUCGCGAGGGUGCCGUUGAAGGAGAUGGUCGGUUAUCUGAAUCACCUUAGGGCGCUGACGGGCGGUAGAGGCACGUUUGUGAUGACGGUAGACGGGUUCGAGAAGAUGGGGACGCAGCGGCAGAAAGAUGUGCUGGACGCGCUGCGGGAGUUUUAG